AUGGCCGCCACCAAGCGAUCUGCCGCCGCCGUCGACGGCCACGCCAACCGGCCGGGAGCAACCUGCGCCAAGAAGAGGCGCAUCACCGGAACCACCGGGGACUACGAUCACGAGUCCUGCCUGGGCGAGGGCAUGUUCGGCGUCGUCGACAAAAGGCGGCACCGUGCCACCGGCCAAGUCGUCGCCAUCAAGUCCUUCCGCGACCCGCGCAAGAAGGACGCGCCCGCCGACGCCCAGGAGGUGCUGCGGGAGGCCCGCUUCCUCGAGGCGUGCGGCGGCCACCCGCACAUCGUCGGCUUCCGCGGCGUCGUGCGGGACUACGUCACCGACGAGCUCUGCCUCGUCAUGGAGUACGUCCAAGGGCAGAGCCUCCACCGCCUCCUGACGGAGAGGCGCGGCCGCGGCGGGCUCCCGGAGGCCACGGUGCGGGGUUUCAUGUGGCAGCUCCUCUCGGCGGCCACCGAGAUGCACCGGCGCCACGUCGUCCACCGCGACAUCAAGCCGGCCAACAUAAUCGUCGGAGAAGGGGAAGGGACGCUCAAGCUCUGCGACUUCGGGGUCGCCCUGUCCAUGUCGGAGGCGCCGCCGUACCGGCCGGCCGGCACGGGCAAGUACCGAGCCCCCGAGAUGCUGCUAGGAAAGCGGGACUACGACGCCCUGGUGGACUCGUGGUCGCUUGGGUGCGUCAUGGCGGAGACCAUCUCCGGCGAGAGGCUGUUCGACGAGGACAACUCGACCUGCCUUCUCCGAAGGAUCUUUGAAGUGGUCGGAAUGCAGGACGACACAACCUGGCCGGGGUUCACGUCCCUGCCGUUCGCGGACGCGGUGCUGCCGCCACAGUUGCCGACGGUGCAGCGGAGCAGGCUGCGAGAGCUGUUCCCGGAGGAUACGCUGUCCGAGGAGGGGUUUGAGGUCCUGAGCGGCCUGCUCGCCUGCAAUCCCGACAAGCGGCUGACGGCGGCCGCCGCGCUCAAGUUGCCCUGGUUCGCCACCAUGGCUGCGGACGCCCGUCCCCCCGCUUCUCCUCCUGCGGUCGCUGCGAUGACGGUGUCCAUCAAGGUGGAGGAAGUAGAGGUCGCUCCGACAGCGCUACGCAGAAAGAAAGUGACUGCAAAGAAAUAUCUGUCAUUGUUUGUAACAAGAUAG